CAUAACUGCGUCGGCACGCAUUCUAAAUUUCGGAUGUAAACCAUCACACUAUAUACUUAAUCUCAAAUUUUGUAGUUUUACAUGCCGUAAAAUCAAAAUAUCAGUUCAAGUGCAGGACAGUAUUAAAAUGGCGAGCAAAGGAUGGAAGAUUGUCCAGGCUCACGUGCCGCUGAUAAGAUUUCGAAAAGGCGGCAACAUCAGAGAUGUAGCGGGCGCAGGUCAGGUAGCGUCAGCUCUAUCUGGUCCAGGGCCGGCGAUAUCCAAGCCCGCGGGCGCCACGGGCCCGAACGUCGUCGUACUGCCAACGAUCGAUGAUUCUCAACUUCAACCCCGAUUUCGAAGACGAAUGAUCGACUCCAAAGAAAUCGAGUACAUUAACCGAGGAGGUCCCGAAUAAGUCUGUUAAUUCAAAAUAAAUGUUUAAUUAAAGAAGAAAUAUUUACUUCGAUGCUGUAAAAUUAAGGGAAAUUUAAGAAAAGUAUAAGAAAAAACAAUA